GUUGGGCGCCAGCUUUGACCGGUUUCGGCUUCAAUUCUCUCAUUGCUGUGUUUUCUGUGAAAACCUUAUGAUGGAAGUUCAGUCAACGUAUCCAAUUACUAAAAAGGGGGCUGUUCUUCUUGAUGGAAAACAUGUUGAUGUCGCCUUGACAACGUUUGAAGAUAGAUUUUUACUUGUUAUUACCCAGUAUCAAAAGUUUGGUACACUGGUUCAUGUCACACGAGACAAUCUACCAUUAGAUAAGAGAGAAGAGAUAUACUCCACCCGGGUAUUACUUGGAAAUGAUGAGCCUGUGACACAUGUAUUUGCAAGGAACAUUGCCAAACAUGUUCUGAAGACCCAUUCUAAGCCUCUUCUUCUGAGUAUAGCAUUGGAGGAUUACACACCACAAGUAAUGAAGGGCAUUGAGAAAGUCAUACAGGACUAUUUGAUAUGAACUGAGAACUGUCAGACAUGAGAAGGUCAUGAACAUGACAAGGUCGUUUUAACCGAUACUUUCAGCUCCGUAUUGGUGUACAUAUGUGGGGGAAAAGACUGUUUAGGAAUUUUGCACCAGACAUUUGGAAGGUCAUUGAGAAAACUAUACAGGAAUUAGGAAUAUGUUAUAUGAAGCCAGAACUGUCGGACAUGACAAUGUCAUCUUAACUGAUGGUUUCAGCUCCGUAUUGGUGUUCAUAUAUGUGGGGGAAAAUAAUGUUUAGGAAAUUCACACCAGAAGUAUUGAAGGGCAUUGGGAAAACCAUACAGGAAUUAUGAAUAAUUAUGUGAUAUGAACUCUAGAAGGACGUGAUAACAUCAUGGAGACACUUAUCCCGGCUUUUGUGUACAUAUGCGGAGGAACAGGCGGAAGAUGAAGGACAGUGAAGGACCGUUACAGUUACAAAAGAAUAUUUGCCAUUCUCCAUUUACAUCAUACCUUUAAAGCCCAUCUGUACUAGUUUGGCCAGGGGGAAUUAGACCUCCCUGCAAGGUCACUGACAGGUGGUUAUCUCAUGAAGUCAGCUCUCAAUUAACAUAAGAAAAGGAGGAUCAUGGGGGAUCAACAGGCACUGAUAAGGCAUUUUUUGCUAGGGCGCAAGUAGCUACAAGUAGUGCAGAGGGGCUUCAAGACCUGUAACUUUAAAGGCACCUUAUGCUCUCCAAAUCAUUCAGUAAGAUACAGUAUACAUGUGAAUGACCCACCUUCAUAUCUAUACCAAUAAAGAAGGAAACAACUGCAGGAAUAUAUCACCUGUUUAGAGCCAGAAGAGCGUUAAAUUUGUGGAAAAAUAUAUGAGUUGAUACGCUUUAGGCUCUAAACAGACGAUAUAUUACAUCAGGGCUUUGUUCCAGUCAAGACAUUUUGUUCAGCCGGGGCAACUAAAUUGUGCAUUUUUUGGUUGUUCGUGAUUAAACAUAUUGUUUGUUUGUUUGUUUGGGAAAGUCUCCAUCCAAUAUCAUUCCCUCUCUCUCAGGCAUCUCGUAACUCAGAAGAAAAUAAACGUAUAUUUCAUUGCGUAUCAUUAUAGAGUCCAUACACUUGUCUCAUCCAUUUUGGUCACUUCUCAAACAAGAUAGUAACACUUUAGGCCUUCUUGUUACCCAGAGUCCAGCAUUUGCAUAUACAUGUGCGUGUAGUUCUUCUACUUUGGCUCAUUUUAAUAAGCCCUCUGUAUGACUGUGAUCACAUUUGGGAAAGUGAUUGCAGCAAAUUAAAUUAAAUUGUUUUUAUUUACAUUUAAGUUUGUUAUAUUCCUAUGAAUAUUGUCGUUGGAGUAGAGCCAGUUUGGUCUUUCCUCCAAAAAGCCUACACCAUUCAGUUGCACUAUUCAUUUGACUGUAAGAAACAUUCCCCAGGUUUUAACAUUUCAAUUUUAUGCACAGAAUACAUCUACAAACUGGCUUUAUAUUGUCAAGUCCAGUUUUUAUGUUCAAAAUUCUU